CCUUCCAGCAAUAGGCGAUGGUCGACCCGGGGCGGAUCCGUUUCCUAAUACCUGCAAGAAGCGUCGCUGAUCCGACCCUCCACCGGGACGAGGAAGAGAAUGCGUGUCUCUCUGCACACACCGCCGAAGACCCACUGGCCGUCAUCACCCGGCCCACGUUGUGCCGGCGGCGGCCGAACUUGCUCUCGUGUAUCUCCGCGAUCUAUCCCUGGCCCCCGAUCACCCCCUGCCGAUCAAGAGCCCACUGAACCAUCACCUCCCAGCAGAAGCUCGACCAGUCAGUGAAGCUCACCGCUCUCGUUCCCAACUCGUGCCGCCUGAACCAAGGUCUAUAUCCUGGCCAUGAUCAUCCAUGUGCGAGACACAGACGGGAAAAUGUAUUCUGUUGAAGCACAACCGACGGACACAAUCCACACGCUCAGGGUGAAGAUAAUGUUAGAAGGUGUUCCCCUAAGUGACUAUCGGGAAAUCGAGUUUAACGGCGAGCAUUUAAGGGACACUAAAGCAACGGUUUCCAGCUACGGCAUCUGCGACGAAGACUGUGUAGAUAUCAAAGAAGUCCGCAUUGUGGCCGAAAGCAGCUGUGGAUUUUUCGUUAACGUUGUCCAGCCGGAAGGGAACGUUAUCAGGGUAGUGGCGGCCGAAGCGUUCCCCGUCAUACAGAUCAAGCACGAGGUGGCCCGGAAAGCGGGUGUGGAGGCGAGGAAGCUGCAGCUGAGGGCCGGCAGCGAAAACUUGAAGGACGAGAAGAUGCUGAGAGACUACGACAUCACCGGGGAGUCUGUUGUGUGGCUGGAGGUCGAGGGCGAGAGAGGAAACGGGAGAGAGAAAAGAAGGGAGGGGGAAGGAGCGGGAGACGACAGGCUGAAGAAUGGGUUGCUACUUGUUUCCCUUCUGGUGUUAGUUCCUCUCAGUUUGUGGCUGGCCUACAAAGGUGGGAAUAAAAAUAAUCACACCAGUGAUAAGAAGCUCCGAACUACAACGAAAUUGAUCCCUAUCACAGCACAAAGUCUGGCUAUAAGAGGGCAAAAUCAAGUGAAACGGGCGAAAAUAAAACGUACGUGGAGACUCUCCUGCUUAGGAAGUAAGCUACAAGAUGAAUGUAAGCAGGACUACUCAAACAUAAGGUCAAGGUCACCAGAGGUCACACAAAUGGUGAAAUUUAACACCAGUCUCAAAUAUAGGGCCUUCAUACCGAAAUGGAAAUAUUUAUGUAUUCUUAAAUAUUUUGAGUAUUACUACAGGGCAGAUACCAAGAAAGUUUUUAGAACCAGUUUGAACCUGGGUGUAGCUAAUGGUAGGGGUGGGCAGGAGCCCAUGCCGCCAGGCGUUACGGAAAAUGUGUAUUUCAAGCAAGUAUUGGCCAAAAAUGUGUAA